UGAGGCAGGACUGCUCGGCCCGCAGGACGCGCGGCGUGUCGGGCGCGGUGCUGACCAACGGCCUGCCGCGCCAGCCCAGGUUGUUCCACAAGCUGUCGGCCUACAUCCAGCAGGAGGACUUGUUGCAGCCGCGCCUCACUGCGCUGGAGGCGCUGCAGGUCGCCGCCGACCUCAAGCUGGGCCGCGAGCUGACGGCACCGCAGCGCGCCGCGGCGGUGGAGGAGCUUCUGGGCUGCAUGAGCCUCAAGGAGUGCUGCGACACACGCACGGAGCGGUUGUCUGGUGGCCAGCGCAAGAGGCUGUCGGUGGCACUGGAACUCGUCAACAACCCGCCUGUUAUCUUCCUGGACGAGCCCACCACGGGGCUGGACGUGGUCACCAUGAAGAAGUGCAUCAUGUUCCUGAAGACGCUGGCGCGGCAAGGACGCACCAUCGUGUGCACCGUCCACCAGCCGUCCUCGUCGCUGUUCCGCCAGUUCGACAACGUGCUGGUGCUGGCGCGGGGUCGCUGCGUGUACCACGGCUCGCCCGGGCACGUGGUGCACUUCCUGGAGGCCGUGGACCUGCCCUGCCCCACCUCGCACAACCCCGCCGACUUCA